GGGAACAUCGUGGUGCUGGUUCACAGCAACGAGGAUUCGGAAGACGAGGAAAACGAACUGGUUGUCACCUCCCUGUGUCAUCACAGUGACCUGAUCCUGUGGGUGGAGGGGCUGGCGACCGGCUUCUGCAAGGAUGUUCACGGGCAGAUUAAAAUAAUUAAGAGAGUGUCCUUGGAGCUGACGGCGGAGCAGGAUCUCGUCCAGAUCUACCAGUAUAAGAUCCAGGACAAGAACGUCACCUUUUUUGCAAGAGGGCUGUCAGCUGCAGUCCUGUGA